AUGGGAGAGAGUACACAAGUACACGUUAAGGCGGAUGCCGCAUCGAACGUCGACGUCCCCACGGUCGAGUCGGAAAUUGCCAUUCGUAUCUUCCGCACGGCGCACGAGCUCGGUCUCCAGACGGUGGCUAUCUACAGCCAUGAGGACCGCAUGUCGGCGCACCGCUACAAGGCGGACUACGCCUUCCAGGUCGGCAAGGACCUGUCGCCCGUGGCUGCCUACCUGGCCAUUGAUGAUAUUGUGCGUAUCGCGAAGGAAAACAAGGUCGACAUGAUCCACCCCGGCUACGGCUUCCUCUCGGAAAACCCCGAGUUCGCGCGUAAGGUCGAGGAGGCGGGUAUCGCCUUCAUUGGUCCGCGCCCGGAGACGAUCGACGGACUGGGUGACAAGACCAAGGCCCGUGACCUUGCGCGCGAGGCCAAGGUGCCGAUUGUCCCAGGUACGCCGGGCCCGAUCGCCAGCUACGAGGCCGCGGAGCCUUUUAUCAAGGAAGUCGGCUUCCCUGUGAUCAUCAAAGCUGCCAUGGGCGGUGGUGGCCGUGGUAUGCGUGUCGUGCGCAACAUGGAGGACUUCCGUGAGUCCUUUGAGCGCGCCGUGUCCGAGGCGCGCUCGGCGUUUGGUGACCCCACGGUCUUCAUCGAGCGCUUCCUGGACAGGCCGCGUCACAUUGAGGUGCAGCUCCUCGCCGAUGGCGACAACCACUGCAUCCACCUGUUCGAGCGUGACUGCUCCGUGCAGCGCCGUCACCAAAAAGUGGUCGAAAUUGCCCCGGCGAGCAACCUCCCGGACAAUGUGCGCCAGUCGAUCCUCGCUGACGCCGUGAACCUCGCCAACACGGCCAACUACCGCAAUGCCGGUACGGCCGAGUUCCUGGUCGACCAGCAGAACCGUCAUUACUUUAUCGAGAUCAACCCCCGUCUCCAGGUGGAACACACGAUCACCGAAGAGGUGACGGGUAUCGAUAUUGUCCAGUCCCAGAUCCUGAUUGCGGCGGGUCGUACGCUGGCUGACCUGGACCUCACGCAGGACUCGAUUCGCCCCCGCGGCACUGCCAUCCAGUGCCGUAUCACCACGGAGGACCCCGAGGCAAACUUCCAGCCGGACACGGGCCGCAUCGAGGUGUACCGCGCUGCGGGCGGAAACGGUGUGCGUCUGGAUGCUGGCUCUGGAUUUGCCGGUGCGCAGAUUACGCCGCACUACGACUCGCUGCUGGUCAAGGUGACUUGCCGUGGCCCGAGCUACGAGCUGGCGCGCCGCAAGAUGAUCCGUGCACUGAUUGAAUUCCGUAUCCGCGGUGUGAAAACGAACAUUCCCUACCUGAUCAGCCUUUUGACGCAUCCCUACUUUGUCGAGUCGCGCACUUGGACGACGAUGAUCGACGACACCCCGGAGCUCUUCAACAUGAUUCUCUCGCAAAACCGUGCUCAAAAGGUGCUUACCUACCUCGGCGACCUGCUCGUCAACGGUAGCUCGAUCGCUGGCCAAGUGGGCGAGCCGGGCCUGCGCACCGAGAUCCCCAUUCCUACCAUCUUUGACGCGGAGGGCAACCCGGUGGACACCUCGGAGCCUGCGCUCAAGGGCUGGCGCAACAUCAUUGUGAACGAGGGCCCCGAGGCCUUUGCCAAGGCGGUGCGUGCUUACAAGGGCACUCUCAUUAUGGACACCACCUGGCGCGAUGCGCACCAGAGUCUGUUUGCGACGCGUCUGCGCACGGUCGACAUGGUGAACAUUGCCAAGGAGACGAGCCAUGCGCUGCAGAACGCUUUUGCGCUCGAGUGCUGGGGUGGUGCGACAUUCGACGUGGCGAUGCGCUUCCUGUACGAGGACCCCUGGGAGCGCCUGCGUACGCUGCGCAAGUACGUGCCCAACAUUCCCUUCCAGGCGCUGAUCCGUGGCGCGAACGCCGUGGGCUACACGUCCUACCCCGACAAUGCCAUCUACGAGUUCAGCAAGCGUGCGGUGGAAAACGGUCUAGACAUUUUCCGUGUCUUUGACUCGCUUAAUUCGUUCGAAUCGCUCCAGCUGGGCAUGAACGCCGCCAAGGUGGCCGGUGGUGUUGUCGAAGGUACCGUGUGCUACACGGGUGACGUCGCGAACCCCAAGCGCCACCCCAAAUACACGCUGGACUACUACAUGGACCUGGUCGACAAGCUGGUGGGCACCGGUGACCUGCACGUCCUGGGUAUCAAGGACAUGGCGGGUCUCCUGAAGCCCGCCUCGGCGCGCCUGCUCAUCGGCACGAUCCGUGAAAAGUACCCCGACCUGCCGAUUCACGUGCACUCGCACGACACGGCCGGCAUUGCCGUCUCGAGCAUGCUCGCCUGCGCUGAGGCCGGUGCCGACGUGGUCGACUGUGCGAUCGACUCCAUGUCGGGUCUGACGUCGCAGCCGUCGAUGGGUGCGAUUGUCAGCUCGCUGGAGCAGACGGGUCUCGGCACGGGCAUUUCGCACGAGGCCAUCCAGAACCUCAACCUGUACUGGUCGCAGGUCCGCACGCUGUACCAGUGCUUUGAGGCGAACGUCAAGGCCUCGGACUCGUCCGUCUUUGACCACGAGAUGCCGGGUGGACAAUACACGAACCUCAUGUUCCAGUCCCAGCAGCUCGGUCUUGGUGCGCAGUGGAACGAGAUCAAAAACGCGUACAUGGAGGCCAACAUGCUCUGUGGUGACAUUGUCAAGGUGACGCCCUCUUCCAAGGUCGUCGGUGACCUUGCGCAGUUCAUGGUCGCCAACAAGCUGAACGGCAAGGAUGUCGAGGAACGCGCUUCGUCGCUCGACUUCCCCGUGUCGGUCAUCGAGUACUUCCAGGGCUUUUUGGGCACGCCUCCAGGUGGCUUCCCCGAGCCGCUGCGUACCAACAUCAUCCGCAACAAGGAGCGUGUGGAUGGUCGCCGCGGUGCUCAGCUCGAGCCGCUCGACUUUGCCAAGAUCCGUGCGGAUCUCGAGAAGCAGUUCAAGCGCCCCAUGUCGGAGAGCGACGCGGUGAGCUGGGCCAUGUACCCCAAGGUCUUUGAAGAGUUCCAGAACUUUGUGUCGGAGCACGGCGACCUAAGCCGCAUGGCCACGCGCGACUUCCUCGGCAAGCCCGAGGCCGGCAAGGAGAUCCAAGUCACUGUCGAGGACGGCAAGGUGCUCAUCAUCAAGCUCCUGUCGAUGAGCCCGCUGGACGAGGAGACCGGUACGCGCGAGGUGUUCUUUGAGCUUAACGCCGAGCCCCGUGCGAUCACGGUCCAGGACCGCAGCGCAAACGUCCAGACGGUUCAGCAUGAGAAGGCGUCCAGCGAGCCCGGCAGCGUCGGCUCGCCGCUCGCCGGUGUCGUGGUCGAGAUCCGCGCCAAGGAAGGCGAGGCAGUCAAGGCCGGCGACCCCCUCUUUGUGAUGAGUGCUAUGAAGAUGGAGACCGUGGUUUCGGCCCCGGUCGACGGCAAGAUCAAGCGCGUGGCCGUGUCUGCGAACGACUCCUUGUCGCAGGGCGAUCUGAUGUGCGAAAUUGCCGAAUAG